GCUGUCCUGCUGUCAUGUGAUUCGCGGACUCUGGCAAAGCACGUGUGAAGGCGGCGAGCAGGAGCUUCCGGGGCAGGAUGCUGCAAAGGAUAGCGCACCCCUUGCGGCUAGGAUGCCACAUCCUCUCUGUUUCUCGGUGCCUCCACCAGUCUCCCAGGAACCACAUCCCCCUCAUCCCCAUUGUGGUGGAACAAACGGGCCGUGGGGAGCGAGCGUAUGACAUCUACUCUCGCCUUCUGAGAGAGCGCAUUGUCUGUGUGAUGGGCCCGAUUGAUGAUGGCGUGGCAAGCUUGGUCAUUGCACAGCUGCUCUUCCUGCAAUCGGAAAGCAACAAGAAGCCCAUCCACAUGUAUAUUAACAGCCCAGGUGGUACAGUAACAUCUGGACUGGCGAUUUAUGACACCAUGCAGUAUAUCCUGAACCCCAUUUGCACGUGGUGCGUGGGGCAGGCAGCCAGCAUGGGCUCUCUGCUUCUUGCUGCGGGUUCGCCAGGCAUGCGCCACUCUUUGCCCAACUCCCGCAUCAUGAUCCACCAGCCCUCCGGUGGGGCACGGGGUCAGGCAACAGACAUUGCCAUCCAGGCAGAGGAAAUUCUCAAACUAAAGAAACAGAUCAACGGCAUCUAUGCCAAACACACGAAGCAGAAUCUGGAAGUAAUUGAGGCGGCUAUGGAGAGAGAUCGGUACAUGAGCCCAGUGGAAGCCCAGGAAUUUGGCAUUUUGGACAAGGUGCUUGUCCAUCCUCCACACGAUGGAGAAGAUGAGCCAGAACUGGUCCAGAAGGAGACUCCUCCGACAGCCAGUCCUCCCUCUUCUUCAGCUGAGCCCUAAGAGAAGAGUUGUGCUCUCCAGAUCCUUGUUUUGGGAAUUAUAGCCGUGGAAAGCACCCAACAUGAACCUUUCCCUCACUCCUUAGCCAGGCCUUGGAAUUACCUGAGGACACAAGUCUUAGCGGACCACUUCUUAAGGCUGAUACUUUGCCAGCUCUAAUUUAAUAGCUGAUCUCUCUGCCUUUUGAUCUUCAGGAUCUGAUUCUUAUCCUGCCUGUAGCAAAGAAAGGUUCCUCCUCUUACUGUUACAGCAUUGUAGAGUAAUGGUUCUAAAUUAAACUUUGACUCCAGUGUUGUAGGCA